AUAAAACUGCAAUUUUGAUCGCAGCUUCUAGUUUCAGAUAAAAUUCGGUAUCUGAAAAUUCACAUCUCGAAUACCAGACCCAUGUCGAAGUGAUUUUGGAAUCCAAACUACUUUUUCUAAUGCGUCCGGAUUUACAUUUUCAUCUUCUUUUGGUUCUACCUUUUACACUGCGUGUAGCCACCCAAGAUUACACAUGUCCGGACCGUCAACCUGUGACUGGCCGGGAAUGUCAGAAGGCGUGUCACCCAGAGGACAAUCCGUGUAAGAGUGGGAGGAAGACGUGUAGAUGUGAUGGGAACUGUGGAUAUAGCUGUAUCAACCAAAAUCACAGAUGUGAGAAGUUGGAGAAGACAAUUCCCAAUGGCCGGGUUGACAUCAAGCCCCAGAACAUGUUCGGAGGGAUCGCCACUUAUGAAUGUGACUGGGGGUAUGAGAUCCAGGGUCAGAAGGACAGAGUGUGUCAGGGGGAUGGUCAGUGGGGAGGAGAGGCUCCUAAAUGUGUCUUAUCGAAAGGGAGUGACAGAGAAGGUUGUGGAUCCCCACCCAAAAUAGACUUUGCUACACAUAAUGGCAGAGAACUUGGCCCGGGGGAGAGGUAUCCCUCAGGAACUAUGUUGCAGUACUCUUGUAACAAGGACUACAUGAAAAACCCGGAUAACGUGGAAAGGGCGUGGUGUAUUGUGGGCGGCGAGUGGGUUGGACCAAAAAUGACCUGUCAGGCUGCUGGAUGUCCCAAACCCCCAGAACCGCUUAACGGUGGAGUCAUCAUCCCCGCCUCCACUGGAGUCAACUCCAAAGUUCAGUACUUCUGUAAUCCGGGCUAUUAUCUUGCCGGAAGGUCAGAGCGCACCUGUCAAUCAGACAGCAUGUGGGAGGGAGAAGAGCCUCGAUGUGAAAAAGGUGGGAGCGAAACCUGUGGCCGUCCACCAUAUGUCGAUAGAGCUUUCCACGACUCUGGUGACAUAGAGAGGUUCCCGGUGGGGUCUCAGAUCCAAUAUCGGUGUCAGGAGGGAUUUAUGCUAACGGAUCGGUACGCCAACAGCCGCGCAGUGUGUGAGCGGGGUGAAAGAUGGGAGGGACCACGAAUGUCCUGUAAACCGGUUGAGUGUGGAUUUCCCUAUACAGUAGAGAAUGGUCAUAUUGAGGGUAUAGACUUUACGUACCCUCAUUCCGUCAGAUUUGUGUGUCGGGAAGGCUACAAACUGAUAGGGAACGAGACUUCAACAUGUCAAGCAAAUGGGCAGUGGUCCUCAGAGUCCCCAAGCUGUGUGGCGAUUGACUGUCCAAUCCUAAAGUCCCCCGUGGGUGGGAGAAUACGGGGUUCCGGGAACGCUUUUGGCACCGUCCUUCGAUUUGAAUGUGACGCAGGCUUACAGCUUGAGGGUUCCAUUGAAAGACGCUGUAUGGAAAAUGGCGAGUGGAGCGGAAACGACGUUAGCUGUACAGCAGAAAUUGACUGUGGUUAUCCGAAGAACUUUUGGAAUGGUUACGUUCUGGGAGAAAAGACAACUCUUGGAUCUACACUAUUCUUCAGUUGUAUAGUUAGAACAACUUUUGAUGGUCCGUACUUUGAGACGAAGUGUUUGAGUAAUGGACAAUGGUCAAAUCCGCCGCCGACCUGUUGGGGUCAAUGUUCGAUUCCAAAUAUUGAAAACGCGGAAGUGCAGGGGUAUCCUGUAGGAACAUGGAUAAAUCACGGGAGCACUUUUGAGUACAACUGUAAAAAUGGACUGGUCCCCAUAAAAUCACGGAUUGUGACAUGUUAUAAUGGGACCUUUACUCCUAGCACCCCUAAGUGUGUUCCAGCACCUUGUCCAUCGCCACCACCCCAUGUACAGAAUGGUAUACGACUUUUCAUUGGUCAAGAGCACGGGCGAAGGGCGCGUUACAUUUGCAAUAACGGCUUCAUACUGAGAGGGAUGAGCCAGAGCUCACCUUUUCUUAUUUGUGACAAGGGAAAAUGGACCGGUGGUAAUCCAAGAUGCGAGGAAUUUUUUUGUCCUAACCCCCGGACUAUAUCAAAUGGAAAAAUAAUCAAAAAGGAACCAAAAAAUCUUCGGUUCAACUUCCCUCCAUACGUAACAACGAUAAAGCACGGGCAGAGGCUGGAAUUCCAGUGUGACCCGGGGUAUGAAAUUUCCGGGGCCAGUGGCGCCACCUGUAUCAAUGGACACUGGAUUCCCCCUCUUGGCGACUCUGAUUCUCAUUGCAAACCUCAACAGUACCUUCCUCUACCCCGUCUGUGGACCCCCAAACCAGACAAGAACUUUUAUGAAACCUGAGAAACUAAAUCAUUCAUCUAAAUAAGGUCUAUUCAAACCUUCCUCGUCAUUGUCAAGGCGUCAUGAAACAGAUUAAUCUCAGUGCCUUUCCAAGAAGUGUCUUGAUGCAGUGUUAAUCUCCGUCAUUGUAACUUUAUAUCACCUCUCAUUCUUUGUAUACACGUUCAUCAAAAGGGAACAGUAAUAUGCAUAAAAACACUAUUAAUGUUGAAAUGCAUUUUAUAAAUUUAACAUAUUUCUUGUAAAUUAAUUUAUACUGAAAUGGUUGUGUAAAGUAGCUUAAGGAAACAAACGUUACAGUAGUAAGUAAUAGAGACAAUUAAAUAAUAAUGGUACAAUUA